UAAAAUAAUCAACGUUAUUUAAUCUUGUCUCUCCUGAGGGUGCUCAGCUCUAAUCAAUUUUAUCGUGCAAUUUGCCGCGUUUUUCCUCUGGGAAAACGCAGCCCGUGAUUUUAAAUUUUGUGCGUCUCUAUUCCAAAAACCACGGUGGCUGCAGCAGCCAAAGCGACGCAUAUUGGACCCCAGAGACUGGUUACGCAGAGCAAAACGAUCCUUUCCCGAAGCGAGGAGCGGCCCCUGGGGUGUCUGCAGGACUAACCCUUCUUCUUGACGUCCAACUGCACGAGUACUUUCUGCCACGAUCCGGCUCCGUCGGAUUCAAAAUGCUUCUGCACAGUCCGACCGACGUGCCUGCAGUCAAGGAAUUCGGAUUUGCUAUUUCUCCAGGGGCGGAGAGCUUUGUUUCUGUGCGGCCUUCGCAGAUUUACUCGACGCGUCAAAUUCGGUCGCUGAACCAGAGUCGCCGCAAGUGUUUCUUCCAGGAGGAGCGUCCACUGUCCUUCUACCGCAUCUACAGCGUGUCCAGCUGCAUUUCCGAGUGCCUGACGAACGCAACGAUGCGCAAGUGCCGGUGCAAGGAGUACUUCAUGCCGGGACAACAGCUGCCCGGCUCGAACCAAAGCGCCCGCAUCUGCACCUUCCUCGACACCAUGAACUGUGUCAAGGACAUUGGAGACGUUAUUUCUGGCAGCACGAAUCGCAAAUUGUGCGACUGCCAACCGGCCUGCACCGAGCUCAGCUACAGCCACGAGUUGUCCUCCACGCAAUUCCCCAUCCUGGAGGACGUCGGCAUCAGCACCCUGGACAACCUGAAGGAUGCCAUCCAGUACAAUGGCUCGAUUCAAACGUUUGCGAAGAACCACGCCCUGGUGCACAUCUUCCUGCGAGACUACAAGGUGAUGCGGUACAAGCGGGCCCGAAUGUACGACUUUCUGGACUUCACAGCUAACAUGGGCGGCUUGCUGAGUCUGUGCCUUGGCUUCAGCUUCCUCAGUGCAGCCGAAAUCAUCUACUUCGCCUGCAUGCGCUGCGGAAUCUUCUCUCGUAGGCCUCGCUAGUAAAAAAAUCGUUAAAAAAAUGAUUCCCAACUUUGCUGUGCCUGACAAAUGAGAGACGACAAAGCAAAAAUUCAUUUGUAAAUAUUUUAAAUCUAUAUCUAAAUUGUCUCGUCUUAAAUUAGUAUAACAUUUCAAUUUUAAAUAAUUUCCAGGAUGCAUUUCGUGAAAAAAUAAUUUUCAAAUUUCUAGCACUGAUUUGUUCCUUUGUUGUUACAACCUUGAGUUUUAUCAGGAUUUAUUGGCAUUUAUUUUUGCAAAAUUUUGAUUAUUUUCUAGUGUAACAAUUGCACGAAAUUAAAAUUUGUUUUUAAACCAAACGCAAUUGCAUCUAUAUUGUAACAAAAAUGAAAAUGCAAGUUUUUGUUGAUAUCUUUAAUUUUGGCCAAAUUGAAAUGGGUUAAAUCAGUAAAAAGAUGAAAAAGAUAUGGAAAAUCUACAUAAAAUCACGGAAUAGCCGGAAAACCAGAUUUUACUGCGGCGAAGUCUGUCCAGAAACAAUUGAAAUAAUUUGUAUUACAGUAAAAAGUCAAUUUAAGUUGAUUUUUUGCAUUAUGAAACUGUGAUUUGAUACAGAGCUACAAUUGAAAAUGAUUAGAAUUGUUGGAGAAAAAAAGCAAUUGUUAUUUUUAAUAAUAUAUUCUACAAUUUACAAUAAUCAAGAGAGAGAACAUUGCUACAGUUAAAAUGCAAUUUACAGCACUAUUGACCAUGUUUUCUUGACAGACAUCGAUUUAUCCAACGUGCAUGCCAAUUUCUGGGGACACUCUAUGUUGCGAGAUAAAAUAACAUUAUUUCAAAAGUAGCGAGUUGAUGAUUGCCAUUAAAAAAUCAUGCUAACUUUGCAGCCACUUUAAAAAAUACACAGUUCUAUUUUGGGUUUAAUUCAAUCUUCAAGGAUUAAUUUUUCCUCUGAAAGCAUAGAUUUUUUUGUAAUUAAUCGUUUUUACUAUCAUAUAUACAAACUGUAAUGAAAGCACAAAAAUAUUGU